UUUGAAUCUGAAAAAGAAAUAAUGGUAUGAAGAUGGUACUCAAUAAAAGAGUUCUAAUUCUACAUAUAGUGAUAUAACAUUUGUCAGAGACAAUUAUUAUUGUUAAAAACCUCUUGUUCGUCUUGUGACAAUAGCAUUACUAAUAUUCAGAGAAAAAGCAUUUUGAAAGCUAGGUGGUAUUAAAUAUUUCAAAAUGGCUGCUACGAGCGUGCAAAAGGGGUCGAUGUCCGAUUCUAGUGUACAAGUUACAUAUGAAGAUCAACAAAAAAUUAAUAAAUUUGCCCGUAAGAAUUCCAAACUAAGUGAAUUGAAGGAAGACAUUCAAAGUAAAAAGAAAGAACUACAGAAUCUACAAGAUGCUUCAGAUGACUUGGUACUUCUAGAUGAUUCAGAGCUUGUUCCGUAUCAGAUUGGUGAAGUAUUUGUCAACCAUUCAAUAGAUGAAACCCAGGAGCUGAUUGAAAAAGCAAAAGCUGGCAUAGAAGCUGAAAUAAGGGCACUUGAAGAACAAGUGACAAAAAUUCAAGCACUUUUACAAGAAUUAAAAAUACAGUUAUAUGCUAAAUUUGGUAAAAAUAUCAAUUUGGAAGCUGACGAGGAGUGAUGUAUUACAUGUAGUGUACUGUAUUUACUCUAUUAGAAGCACAUCUAAGGUACAUGUACCAUAUUUGUUCGAUUAGGAGCACAACCUUUCAGUCAACUCUUAACAUACUGUAUUUACUCUAUUAGAAGAAGCACAUCCCCAAUAAAGGUACAUGUACCAUAUUUACUCUAUUAGAAGCUCAUCUCCAAUACAAGCGUAAAUAACCCAAAGUCAUAUUUGCAGUACUGUGAAACAUUAAAUUAACUAUUUUGACCUCAGAAACACCUCAUAAUUCAUGUAGGCAUAUGCGCUUGUAAUAGAGCAGAUAUGGCACUCAGUUUUACAAUAAAAAGCAAGGAGGUCUAGGCAUACCAACAGUACCUCACAAAUAUUUAUGCAUAUUUUACCAUAUUGGUGUUUUUGUGUAAAAUUUAAAGCAGGUUAACGUCUGAUCCUACUGAUUGACUUGUGUGAACACAGAAGAAAUCAAGCCCAGAGUUACUAAAAUAACAUACCAGGUAAUAACAAACAAAAAAUGGUUAGUUAGUUACUGGAAAUAAAUAACCAUUCUGUCCAAAGCUUAAAAACUGCAGGUUUUAGUAUCCAAUGGUAUUUGUCAAGAGUAUGUCAAGGCAAUAAUCACUAAAACCAUCCUCCAAAUAUCUAUCAUGUCAUUGCAUGGCACAUGAAUGAUUGACACACUACAAAAUCCUGAAAAAAAUUGCAUUCAUUUGGCUAAUUUUUUUAUCACAAGGUGGUGUUCAUGGCUUACAAUAAACUCAACAUCGACCCAUCUUGCAUACACUGGUCAUUUAGUUCCCUUGUGACCAAAAUAUGUGUUACAAAUGUCAGAGUUUAUGUCCUGUACUGUACUGUAUUUCAGUUUCCAUGCUAAUCUUGAGAAAGAAAGUUUUAUAUGGUAUCCGUCACAUCUUGUAAUCAAACCAAAAUGCUUCUAAUAGAGAAAAUCCAUUGAAAUCCAUUUCUAGUAUCAAUGUUAACUCGUCAGCUUGUUUUUUUUAUUUUGGUAAUUGUUAUUAAAGCUUAUUUUGUAAAUAUACUAUUUUUUUUCUGGAAAUUAAAUGUACUGCAAGUUGUAUGGGGAAACUAUGCUGGUUAUAACAGAUGUAAGAUAAUAAAACCAACAUGGCCGCCAAUCUGCUAUUGUGAAUCAAAUUACAAAUGUUUGAAUUACAUAUUUUUGCAUGAAAAUGGCUGCCAGAAAACUUGUUCAAACCAUUGCCCCAAAUUUUAACAAAAUUGGUAAGUGUAUCAGGUAUAACAGGAUGCCCUCCCCCAGUCAGCCAUUUUGUAACUACAUGCAACCCUAACCCACUGUGAGCGAUGUCAAUACAAAGUUAGAAAGAAACAGUUGUCAUGUUGGGAAAUAUUUUUUUGGCCAACCAUGAACGUACAUAUGUAUACCAAUAUGUCUUGUCUUUAUACUAACGAGAACAGUUCAGGCAUGUCCGCAACAAGUCUUGGCUUUGGACAAAGUCUAAUGGUGACUAAUAAAAAAAAUAUUGCCAUU